AUGGAUGCGCGCACUAGCGGUGAUUGCGCCGAUGCCGCCAAAAUUCUGCGCCCGAUCACAAAAUAUCAACGGCGCGGCGACCGCAGAUUUUUGGCGGCAAAGAAGAAAAGGAAAUACGUGUACUUCGAUAAUCUCUUGUUCUUAUUGCCAUCCAUGCAAACUCAAACUACAACAACCACCAAUGUUACAAAUGAAGCUUCCCAAUCUUCUAAUCCAACUACAAGUAGUGCAGAUAUUUAUCGGCCAAUUGCAGACAGAUUCAAACUUUAUGACUUCUCUGAACUUAGCCGCAAGUGCAGAUGCGCGCAGGUACAGUCAAAAAACGAAGUUGACAUAAUUGCAUUGCCAUUACUAGAUGAUAAACAAAUAGAAGCCUUGAUUCCUAGCAUCGGCCCACAAGCUAAGUUCAAAAAGGCAAUAGCAGACUGGAAAGCAGGAAAAGAAGAAGACCAUGCUAAAACAGCAAACAACGAUGAAGCUAUCUGCAAAUUAGUAGACAUAUAUGGCAGCUCUGUAGGAGGACUCGCACCGAGUGAAAACUCCCCAAUAACCUCUCCAGUGUCCACACCUACAUCGAGUAGAUCUUUGUGCUCCCUUGACAUAUACUCAAAUGCAAAAUUGGACUUAACCCAGCUUCUCCGAACUACUCAAGAAGGAAGACUUCUUCUUAAACAGCAUUCAGAAGCCUUAGGAAAAACAUUGAGAAAAACUUUGGUCAAAGAAAUUGCAGCACAAAUAUUAAAACAUGAUCCUAAAUUACCUGUAACAAAUGACGUUUAUUCACAUUGGAUUCAACAAAUUAGUAAGUAUUCAGGUGUAAUACAAUUUGGCUUUUUUAUUGUUCCAUACCCAAAGGGUAAUAACGGGACCUUGUUACUAAGACUCCUCUGUCCAUCUGUCUGUCCGUCUGUCACCAGGCUGUAUCAUGAACCGUGAUAACUAGACAGUGAAAUUUUGACAGACAAUGUUAAUACAUUGUCUGUCAAAAUUUCACUGUCACUUGCCGUUUUCUACACUAAUAUUAUAAAGUGGAAAGAUUAGUAUUUUUGUAUGAUUUUUACCAGUAAACUCAAAAACUAAUGGCCCGUUUUAUAAAAUUUUUUUUUUUUACUUUUGAAAAGCUACAUUCUCCCUGAGUAAUAUAGGCCAUUUUUGUACCACGGGCGAAGCCGGGGUGGACUGCUAGUUAUUGAUAAUGGUACGGACACUUCGUGCGCGAGUCCGACUCGCACUUGGCCAGAUUAUUAACAAAUGAAAUUGUAAAGUAUUAAGUACAGGGUGUAUUUUGGAAGUUGUGCAAUACUUGUAGUGUAG